GCGCCAUCCGCUCGCGUACUCUGCGCGCGCCGAGCCGGACCGUCUCCUCACCACCCACCGUUCAGGCGAACGUACUGUUGCGCGGCGAACAUCGAUUCACGGACACUCAUGACUUAUGUUAACUUUAUGGUGCAGUGAUAGUGGUGGAAAUGGAAUCCUGACCUACGAUGUAGGCUUGGUUAAGUGAUAAAGCUUUUCACGUAAGGACUUAUAGGUGGCUGUGUUAAUCGAAAAUGGCGUCAUCGGUCCGGAAAUAGUGCGUCGGGCCGAGGCGAUGGGCCUGACGUAGCGGCGGAAUGCAGGAGGACGAAAGGCGGUUGUCGUUCCCGCCGCCGGCGCCACUCCAUUCGCCAGGGGAGGAGAUAGAUGGCUCACGCUUGCUCGGCGAAAUAGUUAGGACGUUAGAGGCCACCAACCCGGAGGCGGCGGCACCGUUAGUGGCGUCGCAGUCCAAAGAUGCGCUCGACACGGAGUGCGAGAAGCCGCGGCGGGAGGAGCUGCGUAUCCCUCUCGAUGUUACCUUCUCAGAGCCCCCGCCUGGACGCAGCGAUGAGCCCAGGGCGGUCGUCACUCCGUUCACGCGCGAGUCAGCUAAACGUGCAGGUUCGAGAGGGGCGCAGUUGGUCAGAGAAUUUGGAUUCAUGCCCCGGCGGCGGCUUAGUGUCGAAGAUGGAGCACGUUUACCGAGAAAAUAUGAACCUUUCCCGCCUAAGCUGUAUGGACGGCCGCUGGAAGAGAUCGACAACUUCAUUUACGAUGAGACCUUCUGCGUUGUGUCGAAGCGGUUUCGGAAGAACUACAUCCACCGGUUCACGGCUACCAGGUCCCUGUUCUGGUGGUCACCGUGGUCGCCGGUCCGCCGCGCUUGUGUCUACCUCUCCACCAACCAGUACUUCGAUUAUUUCGUCAUGGCUACUAUCCUGCUCAAUUGUGUCUUCCUUGCCAUGUCGGAGACUAUCGAAGAGGCUGAGUACAUUUUCCUGGCGAUCUAUACGGCGGAGAUGAUAAUCAAGUGCAUAGCGAAAGGCUUCAUUCUAAACAAGUACACGUACUUACGGAACCCGUGGAAUUGGCUCGACUUUGUUGUGAUUACGUCGGGGUACGCCACCAUUGGGAUGGAGGUGGGCAACCUGGCUGGGCUCCGGACCUUCAGGGUGCUACGAGCGCUCAAAACAGUUUCUAUAAUGCCUGGUUUAAAAACGAUCAUCAACGCACUGCUCCACUCGUUCAAACAACUAGCCGAAGUAAUGACCCUGACGAUAUUCUGCCUGAUGGUAUUCGCUUUAUUCGCCUUGCAAGUAUAUAUGGGGGAAUUAAGGAACAAAUGUGUGAAGAAUCUGGUUAUACCGGCUGGAGAGAAUUUCACCGAUGAACUUUGGGCGCAAUGGAUAAAGGACCCUUCACAUUGGAUGAUGAAUGAUGAAGAAUUACCGAUUCUAUGCGGAAACCUCACUGGGGCCAGGCAUUGUCCGCCAGAAUACACCUGUCUGUGUGUCGGCCCGAACCCUAACCACGGGUACACGAACUUUGAUAACUUCCUCUGGUCCAUGCUCACAACGUUCCAACUUAUCACUUUGGAUUACUGGGAAAAUGUUUAUAACAUGGUACUCUCGUCCUGCGGUCCGAUGUCAGUGUCAUUUUUCACGGUAGUUGUGUUUUUCGGAUCUUUCUACCUCAUCAACCUAAUGCUGGCCGUCGUUGCGCUUAGCUAUGAAGAGGAAUCACAGAUAACACAGGAGGAAAGAAAGAAAGACCUGAACGAGCACCGGGAUGAUUCGACCUUCAGCUUCGACCCGUCGUCGCUCGCAGUACGGACGCUCGCAAAAGAUAAGAAGAAACGCAUCGACGCUAGGAAAGGACUUUUACUUGCUUCAUACUCCAGAAAGAGAACGAGGAGACGUAAGAGAGGCAAGACGGUGCAUCAUGCUGUUACUUCAACUGCUGCUGAUUCCAAUAGAUGGAAUUUUAACGACUUUUUUCACUCGUUCAUGAUGAUAUUUCGAAUACUUUGUGGCGAGUGGAUCGAGCCGUUGUGGGACUGUAUGCGAGCGGAACAGGCCAGCGGAGCAGAAAGUUGCUUCUUUAUUUUCCUUCCUGCUCUUGUGAUGGGAAAUUUUAUGGUGCUCAACCUCUUUCUUGCCUUGCUGCUCAAUAGUUUUAACAGUGAAGAACUUAAAAAUAGAAAAGAGGAAGUAGGAGAGGAUUCAAAAUUAGCUAAAAGUUUUGAUAGAUUACGCUCUAUAGUAAGAAAAAAAGGUUUCCUUAUAUCUAAAAGUAAAGAGACUGAAAAGAAAUCUAAAUUAGAAGAAUUAGUUAACGAAUUUAUGUUACAACAUCGUGCUAUGAAGGAGAAGAAAGCGUCAAUUCCUAGCGAACAGAGGUUUUCAGCAUCAAUACAGGAAACAAUUUUAUUUCCCCAUGACAAUAUUUAUAGCCAUAGUUACCAAGAAGCUCUAAAUAGACCUAUAUCAGUAGGAUCUGAUUUUGCGUAUCCACAUCUGUAUCAAAUUAGCAAUAAUCAUGGAAGUCAGGAGACACUAAAAGAUGUAAGAGAUUUAGCAGCGGAACAUAAAAUUACAAGCAUUAGAGAAGACUCCAAGGAAAAUCUUGAUGAUACAACGGACCAAGUAACUGCUCAAAGACUAUUAAACCAAAUGUCUUCAGGUUAUCAUACACAGCCUUCAGAUUCAAGAGAUGAUAAUGAACACUACGAAAUGGCUCAAAUUUCUUGUAAGACGACUCCAGAAAAGUCAAAGAGGGUCCGGGAUGAAUCUGGAAAAUUUUUGAGAGAUGCAAUUAAAAAACCAGAUGAAGAAGAUAUGAAGCAUCCGUGGCAAACGCUGGUUUCAUAUGUUGAUGAAUUAACAGUUGGUGGAAGGAAGAACUCACAAGGACAAUACAUUGAUCCAAUGGGAAAGUUUCCUGGGUUUGGGAAACGAAAGGAACCUAAAGUACCGCAAGAUUGUUUUCCUCGACACUGUUACAAUGCGUGCUCAUGCUGGGAUGCUUGUAUUCAAACAAGGUUAGGCCAAAAGUGGAUGUUCAUUCGCACAUACGUACUUCGUUAUGUUGAUACACCAGCCUUUGAGUGGUUUGUGUUGGUCCUCAUCUUUGCUUCCAGUAUCACUCUUUGCUUUGAAGACAUCCAUCUCGAAAAGAAUAAGCCACUCAAAAAAAUACUUUACUGGACUAAUCUCAGCUUCUGUAUGAUUUUUGUAAUUGAGAUGUUUUUUAAAUGGAUAGCUUUGGGGUUCUAUCGGUAUUUCACAAGUUUUUGGACCCUCUUAGAUUUCACUAUAGUUUUUGUCUCUGUGUUUAGUUUAUUAAUAGAAGAAAAUGAAAACUUAAAAGUAUUGCGUUCCUUGCGCACGUUACGAGCUUUAAGACCUUUAAGGGCGAUAUCGAGAUGGCAAGGAAUGAGGAUAGUGGUGAAUGCUCUCAUGUAUGCAAUACCGAGCAUUUUCAAUGUGUUAUUAGUCUGUUUAGUGUUUUGGUUAAUAUUUUCCAUUAUGGGAGUCCAGUUUUUUGGCGGGAAGUUUUUUAAAUGUGUUGAUGAGGAUGGCGAAUUAUUACCAUUAGAGAUAGUUAAUGAUAAGUGGGAAUGCUAUUACAAUAAUUUUUCUUGGAUAAAUUCUAAGAUAUCGUUCGACCAUGUUGGUAUAGCAUAUUUAGCGUUGUUUCAAGUAGCAACUUUUGAGGGUUGGAUGGAGGUUAUGGCAGAUGCCGUUGACGCUAGAGGGGUUGACCUACAACCGGCGAGAGAGGCCAACCUCUACGCAUACAUUUACUUCGUAAUAUUCAUAGUGUGUGGAUCAUUCUUCACACUUAACCUAUUUAUAGGAGUAAUUAUAGAUAAUUUUAAUAUGCUCAAGAAAAAGUACGAAGGCGGGGUGUUAGAAAUGUUUCUCACAGAGAGUCAGAAACAUUAUUAUACCGCGAUGAAGAAAUUGGGCAGAAAAAAGCCGCAGAAAGUAAUAAAGAGGCCAAGGAAUCAAUUUUUAGCGAUGUUUUACGAUUUAUCUAACUCUCGUAGAUUUGAAAUAGCAAUUUUCGUACUUAUAUUCUUGAAUAUGCUCACUAUGGGCAUUGAGCAUUACGACCAACCGCAUUCAGUUUUCUUCGUGCUAGAAGUUAGUAACGCGUUUUUUACUACAGUUUUCGGAUUAGAGGCCAUCGUCAAAAUAAUAGGAUUAAGGUACCAUUAUUUUACGGUACCGUGGAAUGUAUUCGACUUUCUUUUAGUUUUAGCUUCAAUACUAGGUAUAUUAAUGGAAGACAUAAUGAUAGACUUACCUAUAUCACCCACACUUUUACGAGUAGUUCGAGUCUUUCGCAUAGGAAGAAUUUUAAGACUGAUUAAAGCCGCUAAGGGCAUUAGGAAACUACUUUUCGCUCUGGUCGUGUCUUUGCCGGCCCUCUUCAACAUCGGUGCCUUGCUUGCGUUAAUAACUUUCAUUUACGCUAUCAUCGGUAUGUCUGUCUUUGGACACGUGAAGGAGCAAGGUGCUCUGGAUGAUAUUGUGAAUUUUCAAACCUUCGGUAGAAGCAUGCAGUUGCUUUUUCGUCUUAUGACGUCAGCAGGUUGGAAUGAUGUGCUGGAAUCGUUAAUGAUCCAGCCUCCUGAUUGUGAAUUGGGUGACCACGGUCACACCAAUGGAAACUGCGGAAGCCCCUUAUUAGCAAUAACUUACUUCACAUCGUUCAUUAUCAUAAGCUACAUGAUUGUGAUAAAUAUGUACAUAGCGAUAAUUCUAGAAAAUUUUAAUCAAGCUCAUCAAGAAGAGGAAAUCGGUAUAGUGGAGGAUGAUCUCGAAAUGUUUUAUAUUAGGUGGUCCAAAUAUGACCCUCAUGCAACACAGUUCAUAAGUUUUGCUCAACUAUCAGAUUUUAUAGCGUCGUUAGAUCCCCCUCUAGGUAUAUCUAAACCGAAUACAGUAGCGCUAGUGAGUUUCAACCUUCCUAUUGCCAAGGGCAAUAAGAUUCAUUGUUUAGAUAUACUACAUGCUCUGGUAAAACACGUGUUAGGUCAUGUUGAGGAAACGGAAACAUUCCGCCAGUUGCAAGAGCAAAUGGAUAUUAAGUUCAAGAAGCAAUUUCCGACUAGGAAGGAAUUGGAAAUCGUUUCUUCUACAAGGAUAUGGAAGCGGGAGGAUAAAGCGGCGCGAACUGUACAGCGCGCGUGGAGAGAGUACCAAAAGAGGAAGAACCGUAGCCCGUCACAGGAGGAGGAGAGUACGAAGUGGUCCCCGGGUGGCGGGUGGGGCGGGCGGCUGAGCGCGCUGCUGCACGUGCGGCGCGGCUCGCACGCGUCUAGCAGGAAGUCGUCCCGCGCGUCCGACGCCUCCGAUAUCAGCGAGAUCGGCGGCGCCUGGCUCAACCUCCCGCUCUUACUGCUACCGGGCGCAGCACCCAAUGAACAGGCUAGCGGUUCAGAAGGACCUCCCCCGCGACGGAGGUCAGCGUACGGUUUGCCCCUAUUCCUUCGUCAUCAGGACGCCGUUGACGAAGAUGGUGGGCCCAAACGAGCAGGUUCCCUUCGGUUAGCGUCCCGUCGGAACUCCGCUCGCCGCGCGACUACCCCCGCGCGAGUAAACACCCCGUCUCCCUCCCCGCACGCCAACAGCGCUGUAAGCAUCCUCGUCACUGAAGCGUCGCCGGAUGCCGUUCCCCCACCGCCAGCGCCACCUACCGUCGUCAAAGUUUUAGUUCACAGAGAGAGCGACGAACAACCCAGCUGAUCUACAAUCGACGAGCCUCCUGGGCUCCCGGAACCUAGCUAGUCACGACAACACUAUCAGAGACAGUGUGUGUCAAUGUUUAAUCGAAUAUUGUGUUCAGACACGGGUAACUCAGUGAUAUAUUAUGGAUAGAUUUACUAUUAUUUCGGAUCGAAAUAGUUUAGUGAUGUUAAAUGUAUUUAAAAAAAUCGUCAAACCCAACAACAUACGUGUAUUAAUGACAACAUGAACACUUCCGAAACGCAAUAAUUUAAUAGUGUUAAUUAAAUCGCUCAAUGAGCUGUUACCGAUUAAAUCUUAUUAUAAUAAUAAUUGUUUAUGAUAAAUUGUUUUUUUUUUUCCAGCUUUAAGCUUGAUUAGGAAUGCUGAUUCGUUUAUGAGGCUGUUUUCUAUAGAAUAGGAGUGUUAUUUGUUAUUGUAAAUAUAUUUAAGCUGUGGCCGAAAUAUUGUAUUAAUUGAAAUAGCUUGUUUUUAUUCAUAAUGCGUUAAUAGUUACGAAUUAGUACCGUUCAAAUGAGGUAGUAGAUAAACCACACCAAUUGCCUUAAAAAUAGUUUUAAAAAAUUAUAAAAUGCAUUUGCAUGAUAGAAAUGCACAUUUUAAUUCAACAAUUUCCCGCCUUAACAUCAUCACAGUAAGCGUUUUUAUAGUGUGUUAAACUUUAAAAGUGAUUUAUAGAAAUAAUUGUUUUAAACGUAAGAAUCGAAUCGCACAAAUUAAGUUAUGAAAUAAAUAAUAGUCGUUAAUUUACAUGCCGCUUAUAAUAAUUAUAAUUGACAAUAUUCCAAUAUAGGCUGAGAUAACUACGAAAAUUUCCAAUUAAUGUUCAUUGUUUAAAAUAAUGCUGCUGUCAAUUUAUCAUCGCAUGUCAAAUUUGCAUUUUCAUAUUGUAGUGUUUUUAGCUUUAUUAUUCCCGUCCAAUAACCAAUAUGUUUUGUUCUUCCUUGCACAGUGCAGUAAAUAAUAACAAACCGGAUAUUAACAAACGUCCGCGUCGGUUCGAAAGAAAUACGUUUAGUAAUCGGGAUCACUAUAAUAUAGUUAAUUUCAAUGUGAUAUACCUAGUAGUGAAGUUAAUAAUAGUAUAUAAAAAGCAGUUAUGUUGUUAGGAAAUCUAUUUUGUAUUAUUUGCGCUGCAUAUGUUAGAACAUGCUUAAGGACUAAAAUAUAUUCUAUAACUAGCGAACUACAUAAUUUCGACCAAUAAUUAAAAACAUAAUCAUUCAAUCUCAGAUUGCAUACAACCUUAGACAUUGAUAAUACGAAUUACAAAUCACGAUUAUAUCUUACACUUAAUUUAAAAAAAUGACAAUAUAUAGGUACUUCUUCAAAGUAGCAUAUAUUUGUAAUAUUUUUUAUUUGAGUUAUAUUAUUCUUUCUUAUGUAACUUCAAUGAUUCAUAAUAUUAUGCUCAAACACACUAAUUAUAUACUAUAAACCCUCAAUGCACCUAGCUCAUUACAAAAAGAAACUAAUUUAACACUGCAUGCAACAUUACAGCGACCUUUGGACUAGCUUUACAACAGUAGAGUUAAAUAAUAACUAUUUUAAUUCCCCCAUAUACUUCCAAGUAAAAUCCGCAUUAAUAACCUUUUUAUCUUUUUCAUUCAAAGCUAAUCUUAAUCUUUACACUAAAAUUAAAGUUGGAUUCACAAACAUGGUUCUAUCAUUUAAUUGUAGAUGAACUGUUAGCUUAUGCAUUCUUUAUUAUGUUCAAUCUUUGAUCAUGUUUGCGAAGCUAAUUUCUAUAUUACGACUUAAACACAGAAUUACCUGUAUUAAAAAUCAUUAAAACAUUGUCUAUUAGUAAAUUUCAAAAAUAGAGUUGUUCUCAAACUGUUCGUUAUUAUGUACAUAAAUCGAGGAAAGUAUGCAAUAAUUUUUCAUAUUUUAAGUAGUAAAUAAAUUAUUAGAUUACUUUUUAACUCUGUAAUGUACGGUGUACAUUCAAAACUAUUGUAGUUAGCGAAAUUGCAUUGUAAGCAUAUGUCGAUCAUUGACAUGUGAAUCAUUUUAAUAAUUGUAUAAUAUGUAAAUAAAAUGUUUAAGUGAGACCUGCGAAAUAUGAUUUUCUUCCGAGGUACAAAAUAUUAAUUAACCAUGUUGAAAACUACGAUUAAACA